UUUCCCCAUCGGUCACCUAUUGAACUCUUUAUCUUCCGUGCUGCAGGAAUUUUCAAAGAAGAAUGCCGCCCUUCUGGACGAAACGGAAAGGAAAGCAGCCGAAUAAAGACACCAAAGUACAUUUGUCUGCCGAGCCUGGUUGUCCAACUGUGCCCAAUGAAUCUGUACCCGAUCUUGAGCCUGCGCCAAACUGCGAGCUGGAUACCGAACCCAAGCCGCUUCAGGGGAGGCUAUGGAAUGAAGCAUACGAACAGCUGAAGUCAAACAAUACCGAACUCGUAGAGUCAUAUGAGAAAAUCCUCUUUACACAACUCUUUCGUGGUCAAAAUGGCCCUUCUGAGUCUGCCUCUCUGGAGAAUCGAAUUGAUAAGGCCUAUAUUGAGAGAUGGAAGCAAAUGCAAAUGAUUGUGGAGGCGGCCCUAGAGAAGAAGAAACAAAGCAUCGAGAAAAAGCAGAAAAUUGGCAAUGGAUUAGCAGCGGUUAGCAUUACCAUGAGCCAAGCCGUUCGAGCUGUUCCAGAAGCUGCUGUUGCAUGGACUGGAGUCUGUUUUGCUCUCGAGAUGGUUUCCAAUUCCAUCCAAGAAGCCAAGGCGAACAACGAAGGCAUAGUAUACGUUGUAUCAAGGAUGGACUGGUAUUGGCAUCUCGCGGAGCUACUCUCUGACGGCAAUAUAACUAAAUCUGCUCCGAUUUCAUUGCGAAUUCAAAUGGAAAAGCAUAUCAUUGAUCUGUAUCAGAAGCUUCUACUUUACCAGAUGAAGAGCGUGUGCCGUUACUACCGCCGACAUGGACCAGUCAUCUGGAGAGAUGCAAUCAAGGCUGAUAACUGGACUGGUCAAUUGGAUGAUAUUCGGAAUGCUGAAGCGACUGUUCAGAAAGACUCAGGAAUAUUUAAUGCUCUGGAGAUCCAAAGACGACUUGGCGAGCUUGAUUCUGCGAGUCAAGUGCUCCGAGGCGAAAUACAGGACAUUUCGCCAACAAUCAAGCACCAUAUCCUUAGCAAAAAAGAAGAACGAUGCCUGAAGGAUCUCCGAGUCACUGAUCCCCGCGAUGAUAAAUCUCGAAUUGAAGAUACAAAUGGCGGCCUUUUGCAAGGAGCUUAUGAUUGGGCUAUAAAGCAUGGCGAUUUCAUAGCAUGGCGAGAUGAGAAGGCAGACCAUAUGUUGUGGAUCAAAGGAGAUCCUGGAAAAGGGAAGACGAUGCUUCUAUGUGGUAUCAUUGAUGAACUGCAACGCCAAAACAUCAAUCCCUGCUAUUUCUUUUGUCAGGCUUCAGAUCCACGACUUAAUAGUGCGACCGCUGUCUUGCGUGGCCUCAUUUAUCUUUUGGUGGAUACAAAUCGGCAGCUGCUUUCGCAUAUUCAAGAGAAAUACGAUCAAGCGGGGGCAACUUUGUUCCAAGACGCCAAUUCCUGGGUCGUAUUAUCCCAAAUGUUCACUGAGCUAUUAAAAGAUCCUAGCUUAGAAGGCCAGGUGUUUAUGAUUGAUGCGCUUGAUGAAUGUCAGGAAGAUUUAGAGCGGCUCCUUGAUCUUAUCGUUAACAGAGCCAUAGGUUCUCGCGCUAAAUGGAUUGUGUCGAGUCGAAAUUGGACUGGAAUUGAGGAGAAGUUGGGCACAAUCUCGCAAAACAUUCGAUUCUCUCUUGAACUGAAUGAGCAGCUGGACGAAGAGACGGAGCUCGUCGUUCGAAAUUACUUGACCGAUAACGCGAGAGGAACUUUUCUGUGGGUGGCCUUGGUGUGCGAGGAAUUGUUGAAAAUUGCAGUGCGCAGACGGCAUGUAUUGAAGAAGAUGGCGGAGUUUCCACCCGAUCUUGGUCCUCUUUAUGAAAGAAUGAUGCAGCAAAUUCGCGCGUCGGAAGAUUCUGACUUAUGUGAGAGGAUUCUUAGGCUGGUUUCGGUCCUCUAUAGGCCUAUCACCUUGACGGAAUUAGCAUCUCUCUUGGAUGUUGAGAACAAGUUUGACAGAGAGGAUCUUGAGGAAACGGUUGCCUCAUGUGGAUCUUUUCUAGUUGUGAGAGACGACUUUGUACGAUUUGUUCAUCAAUCGGCCCAAGACUUCCUGCUCAAGGACAGCAUCUUCGUUUCUGGACUCGGAAGCCAACACUAUACCGUAUUUUUAAGGUCGUUGGACAUUCUAUCGGUGACUCUACGACGAGACAUGUAUAAUUUACGCCAUCCUGGUGCCCUGAUCGAAGAGUAUACACCAAACCAAGCUAAAGAUGUACUGAGACACGCGAAAUACUCCUGUGUAUAUUGGGUGGACCAUCUCCAAGCCGUCAAUGGUCUGGAAAGAGAGAAAUGUAUGCUGAGUUUAAGGGACAAUGGUAUAGUUCACCAUUUCCUCAAAGAGAAGUUGUUGAAUUGGUUGGAGGCAUUCAGUUUAAUGAAGAAGAUGAGGGAUGCCGCAAGGGUUGUUAGGAUCUUGAAGACAUUGUCAACAAGUGAUGAAUGCAUCAUGAGGAACCUCAUAGAAGAUGUUUUCCGGUUUGUCCUCGCACAUAAAAUUGGGAUCGAGCUGGCGCCUCUGCAAGUCUACAGCUCGGCACUCAGUUUUAGUCCCAGUUCCAGUAUGAUUCGGCGGAUGUACGAGGAGACUGAGGGAUCAAAGUGGAUUAUUACAAAACCAAAGAUGCAGGUAAAAUGGGCCAAACGUGUUCAAUCCCUCGAAGAAAGUAAAUCACUGUGCUUGUCCUUGGAAUUCUCACCAGAUGGAGCACAGAUAGCAUCUGCGAAUCAUGAUAGGGAAGUAAGAAUUUGGGAUAUGGAGACAGGUGUGUGUUUACAUACAAUGAAGUGCCUGGAAGAUAUUAAGCUGCUAGCCUUUUCACCCAACGGCAAACAUCUGGCCACUGUAUCAUACCCCUUGAUCGAGAUCUGGGACUUAUCAACGUCGAGACGCCUAUUUAAAUUUGACAGCAAAGCAUACAUGUACAUUUCCAGCUUGGCAUUUUCAUUCGAUGGAACACAAUUCGCUGCAGGCUACAUUGACGAAAAUAUCGGUACUUUUAUUCGAACCUGGGAUCUCGGCACGGGAAUAGAGUUGAAGACAUCCAAACUCGGCACCGAUAUGGCUGUGUGUAGGCGCACCGCAUUUGCACCGGAUGGAACGCACUUCGCUUGUGUGGAAAAUAGGUUCGAUGAGCGGAUUAAUAUCUGGAAUUUAACUACAGACAGGCAUCUACCUGCUCUCGAAACGACUCCUCCCACUUGUGUUCUACCCGUUUUCUCAGCUGAUGCUGCGCGGUUAGCAGUAACAGCGGCAUCGAAUGACAUGAUUCACGUUUUUGAUACUUCGACAGGCGUAUGCGUUCAGAAAAUAGGUCAACUCGGUAAACUCGAAGAGCUGAAAUUUUUAGCGACCCAUACUAGGCUGGUGACAAAGUCUAGUUCUGGAGAUCUCAGGAUCUGGGAUUCAGUCACCGGCGAAUGUCUGUGGCGAUUCAGUAUUGACUGGAGAUGGAUAUCCGCAGUUUCUUCAGAUGGCAUGCUGGCCGUGUCAGGGUUUUCCGAAGUAGAAAUAUGGGACAUGGCUAUUGACGGGCCCAUGGACGUACUUGGAGCCACUAUAGGUGGUUUUGUUCAAGCAACUGUUAUUUCGCCAGAUGGUACACAGCUCGCAAUAGCAUCGUCCUACUUUGGAGAAAGAUGUGCUAUCCGAAUUCACGACCCUGCCACUGGAAACUGCUUGAAGCAAUUUGAACAUACACAAGAAAGCCGAAUUGAAUCCAUGGUAUUCUUUCCAGAUGGCAAGCGGUUGGUGUCUAUAGGACGGAAGACAAUUGAAGUCUGGAAUGUUUCUUCAGGCAUGAGCCUACAGUCAAUCGAUUUACGAGGCUCAGACCUGUGGGAGACCAAUUUGCUGGCAACAGUCUCACCAGAUGGUAAUCAUUUGGCAACGAUUUUGCAUGGGACCGUCAUCAAAAUAAGGCAUUUACCCUCAGGCAAAUCUGGACGUAUCGGAUAUUCUGACGAUCCGUGGUGUCCUAGGCCCGUUGCUGUGGUAUUUUCACCAGAUGGCACACAGCUCGGCCUGACAUUAGCAUCUGGCGCUGUCCUGAUCUUCGAUGUACAGACGGGUGCAUGUUUACAAGAUGUCGAUAACUUCUUCGAGCCACUAAUUCACGGUUGGGGAUUUCCCAAAUUGCGGCUUAAACCCGAUUUGCGUAUUUUCGGUUACCAAGACUGCAUAAAGACUCCGCCAACCUAACAAGCUUUGAUGAAGAGAACGGCGUCAGCAUUUACAACGUCUGAAGAAGGGAUGUGGAUUAUGAGGGGCAAAGAGCGGGUGCUGUGGCUCCCCCUCGAGUACCGACCAUCUAUAGUGGAAGUUUAUGAUGGAUUUGUCACAUGUCUAACCGAUCAUGGAGGGUUUUCGUACUUUCAGUUUGCUAUUGAUGAAUUGGACAAGGUGCUGGCGUGAAAUUUGUUCUAUGGCUACGGUUCAGACGGUUAAGUCAACUCCUAUAGAUAUGGCUACUCGUUGAGUUGGAGGACUGAAAAAGAGAUCUCUUCAAAAUGUGUUCUUUAUAAAACUGAAAACACAAAAUGGCACGGCA